GCACAAGCUUCUUGCGUAAGACCAUUGUUAGCCAAAGAAGGAAUCAUGGAAGACCAUGAGACAAGGUCUCUAACAACUAACAAGCAUUUCGUAGAACACCUUAGAAGCAACAUUAACCAAGCCACAACACCCAUAAAAGAUUAAUCAAUGCGUUCUGUACAGAAAUAUUAGUAUCAAAGCCGAGCAAAGGAGUCGUUCUCGGAGUCCGUUAAAUCUAUAUGGGUUGUAGCUUCAGCCAGAUACAAGGAGUCGUUUUCUAAAAGUACUCCAGUCAUGAAGGAGAAGCUUCUUGCACGAAAUAAUUCCGUUAAGGAGCUCAGCAAAGGAGUUCAGAGGGAGAUGAGUGCAGGUAUUGGUGGUUUUGCACGAAUGAUUGAGCUGUUAGAUCUUACCUCGAAACGAAUUGGAACCUCCAGUCCAGUUUCUGAUUUGAGGCCAGGAGCAUCAGGUCUCUCCUUGAAAGGAAAGGGCAUGCAAAAGAACAUAAUUACUCAGGCAUUUGACAUAAAAAACAAGUGAGGAAAUUGCACAUUCUUCACAAGUCUCAUGCACUAUCCCAGGUCAACUGGAAGUUCCGCAUGUACAGAGAGGUCAUUCACCUGGUGGAGCUCAAACCUGGAUGCUUAAUCGUGUUUUUACCAGGUCUUCUGAGUAUGUGGCAGACGACUCAAGUGACGUGCUGUGAAAAAACCAAUUUACCUGUUGGUUUGCGUCCUGCAUUGCCUAUUUAUGUAUAGUAAAGACCUUGGUAGUAGGAAUUACUUUCCCAGCGAAAAACAGGAUGUGGUUUCCGACUGCCACUGUGAGUUCACUCGGCCAAGAUGCCAUCGCGAGAAUGAGGCGAGAGAGAAAGAGAGAGGUCGGGAGGAGAAGAGAAGAAGACGAUGAGGAGGCUCUGAAAUGGGCUGCACUUGAGAGAUUACCUACCUACAGUCGUUUGAAGAAAGGUAUACUAACAACAUCAGAAGGUGGCGCUACUGAAGUCAACGUCCAAAACCUUGGACCGAAAGAAAGACAAUAUUUGCUCGAGAACUUGGUAAAAGUCGCUGAAGAGGAUAAUGAGAAGUUCUUGCUGAAGCUCAAGAACCGCAUUGACAGAGUUGGAAUUAAGCUUCCAACCAUUGAAGUCCGAUUUGAGCACCUCAAUGUUAGAGCACAGGCUUAUACAGGAAGCAGAGCUUUGCCUUCACUUGCCAACUUCUGUCUGAACAUGCUAGAGGGUUUCUUGAGUUAUCUUCAUAUCAUUCCAAGCACAAGGGUAGACCUGCCAGUCCUUAAAGAUAUUAGUGGAAUCAUCAAGCCAUCAAGAAUGACAUUGCUUCUUGGCCCUCCAAGUUCUGGAAAAACUACACUCUUGUUGGCACUAGCUGGAAAGCUUGAUGCUGAUCUGAAGGUGGUUUCAGGUAGUGUCACUUAUAAUGGUCAUGAGAUGACUGAGUUCAUACCCCAGAGAACAGCUGCCUAUGUCAGUCAAUAUGACGUCCAUAUUGCAGAAAUGACUGUCAGGGAAACUUUGGCAUUCUCUGCAAGAUGUCAAGGAGUUGGAUUUCGUCAUGAGUUGAUGGCAGAAUUAUUGAAAAGAGAGAAAGCAGCAAAUAUUAAGCCAGAUCCAGAUAUUGAUGUCUUCAUGAAGGCCGUAGCAACGGAAGGUCAGGCGGCCAAUGUGAUCACAGAUUAUGUUCUAAAGAUUCUAGGACUGGAAGUCUGUGCAGAUAUCAUAGUGGGCAAUGCAAUGUUAAGGGGUAUAUCUGGAGGACAAAAGAAGCGUCUUACAACAGGAGAGAUGCUGGUUGGACCUGCAAGGGUACUGUUUAUGGAUGAGAUUUCUACCGGUUUGGACAGCUCAACAACGUUCCAAAUAGUGAACUCACUAAGACAAUCCAUUCACAUUCUCCAUGGAACAGCUGUCAUCUCUCUUCUCCAGCCAGCACCGGAGACUUAUGACCUUUUUGACGACAUUAUUCUCCUGUCAGAUGGCCACAUUGUGUACCAGGGUCCUCGUGAGAAUGUGCUUGAGUUUUUCAAAAACAUGGGCUUCAGGUGUCCUGAAAGAAAAGGUGUUGCCGACUUCUUGCAAGAAGUAACGUCCAAAAAAGAUCAGAGACAUUAUUGGGCACGUGAAGAUCAGGCUUACACUUAUGUCACAGCUGAGGAAUUUGCUAAGGCGUUUCAGUCAUUCCGUGUGGGACGGAGAAUAGGAGAUGAGAUUUCGACUCCAUUUGACAAGACCAAGAGUCACCCGGCUGCUUUGGCAACCAGGAAAUAUGGCGUUGGAAAAAUGGAUUUGUUUAAAGCUUGCUUCUCGAGAGAGUUGUUGCUUUUAAAGAGGAACUCAUUUGUGCACACCUUCAAGCUCGGUCAAUAUGCAAUUAUGGCAAUAGUUGCAACGACAGUCUUCUUGAGGACUGAGAUGCACAGAGAUUCAGUCAUCGAUGGAGGAAUUUAUUCAGGAGCUUUGUUCUUCAGUUUGGUCUUGGCCAUGUUUAAUGGUGUGGUAGAGCUGCCCUUGACAAUCACAAAACUUCCUGUCUUUUACAAGCAAAGGGAUUCCCUUUUCUAUUCUUCAUGGGCAUUUUCUCUUCCUCAUUGGAUCCUUAAGAUUCCCUUGACAAUCAUUGAAGUUGCUAUAUGGGUGUCGAUUACUUAUUAUGUCAUUGGAUUCGAUCCAAACGUUGGAAGGUUCUUUAGGCAGUUUCUUCUGCUUAUCAUUGUUAAGCAGAUGACUUCUGCACUGUUUCGGUUUAUUGCUGCAGCUGGAAGAGACAUGAUAUUUGCUGAAACCUUUGGAUCAUUUGCAUUACUUGUAGUUUUCAUAUCAGGUGGCUUUGUCCUAUCUCGAGAUAGAGUAAAGAAAUGGUGGAAAUGGGCUUAUUGGACAUCGCCAAUGAUGUAUGCGCAGAAUGCACUAGCAAUUAAUGAGUUCCUUGGGAAAAGUUGGAGCCAUAUUGUCCCAAACUCGAGUGAAGCACUAGGAGUUCAGAUUCUGAAGUCUCGUGGAUUUUUCAUAGAUGCAUAUUGGUAUUGGAAGGGAGUAGGAGCAUUGAUUGGAUUCACGUUAGUAUUGAACUUCUGCUACACUGUUGCUCUCACUUUCCUUGACCCAUUUGAUAAGCCUCGAGCUGUUAUAUCUCAAGAGUCUAAAAGUAAUGGACUCGAUGACAGAACUGGAGGAUCCAUUCAGUUGUCAUUCCAUGGAGAUAGUCACCAAGUCAAUGCAGGAUCUAUGAUAAUACGGGCGAUCGAUGAGGCCAACCAUGAUAAGAAGAAAGGCAUGGUUCUUCCAUUUGAGCCGCAUUCUAUCACCUUUGAUGAAAUUACAUACUCUGUUGACAUGCCACAGGAAAUGAAAAAUCAGGGUGUCCUUGAAGAUAAAUUGGUGCUUUUGAAGGGUGUGAGCGGUGCUUUCAGGCCAGGUAUUCUCACAGCUUUAAUGGGUGUUAGUGGUGCUGGUAAAACCACUUUGUUGGAUGUGUUGGCUGGCAGGAAAACUGGUGGGUAUACUCAGGGGAACAUCACAAUUUCCGGAUACCCAAAAAAGCAAGAGACAUUUGCUAGGAUUGCAGGAUAUUGUGAGCAAAAUGACAUCCACUCUCCUCAUGUUACUGUCUAUGAAUCUUUGCUCUACUCAGCUUGGCUUCGUCUCCCCACUGAUGUUGACGUCCAAACCAGAAAGAUGUUCAUUGAAGAAGUCAUGGAGCUUGUGGAACUAAAUCAAUUGAGGCAAGCACUUGUUGGGUUGCCUGGUGUAAGUGGCCUGUCUAUUGAGCAACGUAAGCGGCUAACCAUUGCUGUUGAGCUAGUGGCAAACCCCUCUAUAAUAUUCAUGGAUGAGCCAACUUCAGGUCUAGAUGCAAGAGCUGCUGCAAUUGUUAUGAGAACAGUAAGGAAUACUGUGGAUACAGGAAGAACAGUAGUAUGCACCAUCCAUCAACCAAGCAUUGACAUAAUUGAAAGUUUUGAUGAGCUAUUCCUUUUAAAGCGAGGAGGACAAGAAAUAUAUGUGGGACCAUUAGGUCACCAUUCAUCCCAUCUAAUCAAGUAUUUUGAGGGAAUUGAAGGAGUAAGUAGAAUUAAAGAUGGCUACAAUCCAGCAACUUGGAUGUUGGAAGUCACUUCUACUGCACAAGAAAUAGCUUUGGGGGUUGAUUUUACUGAUAUUUACAGAAAUUCAGAACUGUACAGGAGAAACAAAGAAGUUAUUAAAGAAAUAAGCACUCCUGCUCCUGGUUCCAAGGACUUAUUUUUCCCUACACAGUAUUCACAGUCAUUUUUCAUCCAAUGUGUAGCUUGCUUAUGGAAGCAACAUUGGUCAUACUGGCGCAAUGAACGAUACAAUGCUACUAGAUUCAUCUACACUGGGUUUAUAGCCAUAAUCUUUGGGACAAUGUUCUGGAAGCUUGGCUCCAAAAUGAAAAAGCAACAAGAUCUUUUCAAUGCAAUGGGUUCGAUGUAUACUGCUAUUAUUUUUAUUGGGAUAAAAAAUGCAUCGACAGUGCAGCCAAUAGUGGCUGUUGAAAGAAUUGUCUUCUACAGAGAGAGAGCUGCUGGAAUGUACUCUGCCUUGCCCUAUGCCUUUGCACAUGUCCUCAUUGAGCUACCAUAUAAUUUUGUGCAAGCUUUGAUAUAUGGUGUUAUAGUCUAUACAAUGGUUGGUUUUGAAUUGACUACUGUGAAAUUCUUUUGGUAUUUAUUCUUCAUGUACUUCACAUUUUUGUACUUCACCUUCUAUGGCAUGAUGAAUGUGGCGUUGACACCAAACCAACAUAUUUCAUCUGUUGUUUCUUCUGGGUUUUAUUCAAUGUGGAACCUUUUUUCAGGGUUCAUAGUCCCAAAAACUCGGAUUCCUGUAUGGUGGAGAUGGUACUAUUGGGCAUGUCCAGUGUCAUGGACCUUGUACGGAUUAGUUGUAUCGCAGUUUGGAGAUGUAAAGGAUACACUUGAGACAGGACAAACAGUGGAAAAUUUUGUGAAAAUAUAUUUUGGUUUCAAACAUGGUUUCCUGGGAGUGGUUGCAGCUGUGGUUAUUGGGUUUGGAGCACUCUUUGCAUUUAUAUUUGCUAUUUCCAUUAAGGUGUUUAAUUUCCAAAGGCGGUAGUUUUAUGCACUAAUUGUACUUGUUCAUUGCUGUAUGUAAACUUUAUUUAUUGCAAUGUAAACCUUCUCAUUCAAAUCCUUUGAGAAGGCAAUGGAACAUGGUGGCGAUAUUCUGCCAGAGCCCACAGGGAAAAUAUUUCUAUAAGCUGCUAAGUGUAACAUGCAAUUCCUCAUGUGAACUCCCAAAAUUUCCUGCAAUGAUACAUUUGAUCAAUAAAUGGUUACUAAGCAUUCGAAAUGA